CAAUCAGAAACGUUUUUGCUGCUGCAGCUUUAUUUGAGUUCACAGCUCGAACGCACGAGGAAAAAGGAAGUUUUGCAGCUCUAAAAACAGUGUUUUACUUUUCCAGAGAGUAUUCAGGAGACGUUUACACACUGAGGCGUAUUUUGUUUUAUAAGGAGUCGAAUUAAAGGUGAGAAGUAUGUGAUUUCUGGCCUCUCACCAAGUCAGUCAGCAGAAACAGAAGCUUUGCAGCCGUCAGGUUAUGCGGGGAAAGUCCUUGCAAUGUCUUUCGUUGAGGAUGUUUUGGAUGGGCUGUGCAUGGUCCUGGAGUAUUUUGGAGUACCUCCAGACAUGCUGGUUCCUGUGUGGGACAGUCAGCUGUGUGGUCAGUAUCGCAGCAUCGUGAGGAUGAUUGGAACAAGUCUUCCUCUGGAGCCGGCUCCACGGGUUCAUUUUCAGAUCCCUCUAAUGACAUACAGACCACAUGGAUGUAGUGAUGUCACAGUGGACACACCAACAGUGCCCUCAUUUGCUGACGUCUUGUGGGUGUUUGACGAUGAGGGGGAGAAGUUUGCCAAAACUAGGAACCAUUUACCUCCAACGACAACGGGAGGUCUGAUUCGACAUCCUGGUCCGACGCUGAUUCAAGCUCAGAGAAGAACGUCUGUCAGACAGAAAACCGACCCUGAAGCUCUGAAAAAGAUCUCAGAGCUGGAGAGUGAGCUGCUGAAACUACGAGCUCAGAUAGCACAGAUUGUUAUGGCUCCUUCAUCAGGUCUAACUGAGUCCCAGAAUGUCCCAGGUUCACCUUUGAUGUCCCAUCCUCCUAUACCAGCUCUCACCUCCACACCUCGCUGUGCUCCCCCACCUCCUCCACCACCACCUCCUCCUCCUCCUCCCUGUUCUGGCUCCUCAUCGUCAUCCGUGUUCGAGCUUAUCAAACAGCGCCAGAAUAACAGAACCAACUCAGAGCUCAGCAGAGAGUUGAAAUCUAAACAGAUUCCUUCCAUGUUGGAAGUUCUGAAGGACUUGAAUCAAGUGAAGUUACGCUCUGUGGAAAAAUCACCAGGAGGCACGGUUGUCAGGAGGAGACACAGUAAAGGUGCUUCUGCGUUGCUUAGCGACCCGGCAGCUCUCAUCGCUGAAGCUCUAAAGAGAAAGUUCGCCCAGAAUCAUCGACAUAACAACUCCUCCGACAAAGAGAACUCGCAAGAACUCUCUCCGUUUGGCAGUCCAGAAACACCUAAAGUUUCGCUCCACAGCAGACGCAGUCUGGGCCGUUGCCAUUUUUGAUCUGGCGACACGGCCAACCAGCAGGUCCAGCUGACGUCUUCAGCAGCUUAUGGUUUACAAAUGUGUUCAUUUUUGCGUUUUUAUUUUCGAUUAUUGUUUGUCUGUUUGGUCAAAUUCUUUGUUUUGAAUCUGUUGGGUUUGUGAGUUUAUAAGUGAACUGGUUUCAUGUUUUUGUUUUUGAUGUGACGUGUUUGCUCAGAAUGGGAUUAUAUGUAGGCAGGUGUGCUGUAGGUUUACCUACCUGCUCAGGGUUUCCCUUACAUAGGCAUAGCCGUGGCGGCCCGCCACGGCUGAAAUCCCACCACCACGCCUACAACAUCCCAAGUUUUAUUGAUUUUUUUUUUUGCGCCGUUUCCCUAAGAAGCAGCGGGAACUACUGUGUUGUUGCUUGUGAUCACAGCCGGCAGGUAGCAAGGAGGAGGAGGCAGGGCAGGGUGGUUACAGCUAUGAGCGUACGGAUAAAGCAUUUUUGACGAAUACAAACAAGAAACGAGUGUAAAACUCGUCAAUAUCUGUAAUCGUGCUGAAUGAAAUCCUCAUUGGGUAACUGACUGUCUUCACGCUCUGUGAUUGGCCAGUCAGAUAGAGCGCCCGCCCCUCCCUACACACAAAACUGCAGCCGGGAGCUCCGUCAGCUCGGCCCAGGCAUCAACGCGCACACACACAGAGACAAGCCGGGCGUGCACUGUGCGACUUUUUCACUUUUUUGAGCCGAUUUUCCACUCGUGCGAGAAUCCACAAGAUCGGGGCGAGUUUUGCGCUGAGCCUCGUGUAGUGUACAGGGGGUUACGAGAGGCGAUUAACACCACGUGACCAGCUACCGAUCAGCAAUCGUGAGCUCGCACGGACUUCUGGAGUGUUUGGUAUUUAUCUCGUUCCUCAUGAGGGUUGAAGCGGCGCAGAGAGCGGCUGCGACCCAAAAAGUAUCAGAACCGCUCACGGCGCAUUCGCAAUCCUGCAUCAACUCCGCUCACCCGCUACUUCCCUAAUAACACACGUUGUUCGUUUUUGUUUCUACACGUUUUUUACUCACAAAGGUUGUCAAGAAAGCGUGUUUGUCGUGUUCAUGUCAAAUUAAACUGAUCACAAAACACAGAUUUACUUUAUUUCAUUUCCUCAUCCAACCCCCAUAAAUCCCUGUGUGUCCUCCUGCAGCACUCCCAAAGGACAACAGGCAAAACAAGACAAAAAAGUCUGACGUAAAAACUGCUAUUUUUAGCAUAUUUUAGGUCCAACGUGUUGCUACCAGACGUACAGUGAGCACAUGACUCCUGAGUUCUACCCUGCGCUGAAGUCGUACAGUUUGAGCUGAAGCUGUGUUACGAGUGAAAAAGUCGCACAGUGUCCACCCAGCUUAUUAUAAUGUUCACUGUAAUGCAUCUUGAUGUUCUUAACAAAUAAAUUAAAUAAAAAAUAUUGGUCAGUAAUGCCAAAUAUGUAAAUUUGUGUUUCAGUAAUUUUUAUACUGGCUUAAAAAUACUUCAUUAAGUCUACUAAACAGGGGUGUAGAACGUUUUUAAUAGGGCCAGCCCAGUAAUGAUCUUCGACCAAAAUAAAGGGGGCAGAGAGUCAAAUAAAGGGGGCAAAAGGAGAUGUUUUUCCAGACGCCAAGAAAAAUUAAAUGCCAAAUCCACCCUGCAAAGUGUGUCACUGAGAGUUUAAAACAGAAAUUAUUCUUGUGCAAAUAUUGGUGAAUUCACCUUUAAUACUAGUUAUUACAAUGCAGCAGUCGCUGGAUUGGUGCAGUUCAAAGUGGAGUGCAUCAAAUAAAACAA